AUGGACGCCCAGGCUGUGUGCCAUGAGGCAGGUUCAGCCCGAGCAUGUUGGGAUCCAGCGACCGGGAGCUGUCAAGAAUCCACCUCACCAGUUCGCAAUUACUUGACCGGGCAAGAAAAGCCGCCUAGCCUUGCGCCAGGAGCCUUGCAUGGAGAGAUAAUCCACACUAGAUUUCUCAAGGUCUGGCCCACGAGCGGCAGGUGGGAUCCAUCCGGAGAUACUAGGAUUAGUCGAGGCUGGCAGCGUCGGGGAGGACAUCAUUCAGCAGCUGCAGGGGCGGCACUUUCAAAGAUCGCUUCAUGGCCCAUGCUCCAGGCGAACGAGAUGGCAGCGUCCAAGGCCCCAAGUCUGGCCGUGAUGGAUGGGGUCACCACCGGAUCUAUACCGGGACAGGCAGGUGCUAAAGGGGCCCCGGUGUCAGGCCCGGUGAUUAGUUGGGCGUCCGGCUCCACCCGAUGGGGAAGCCAGACCCCUGUCCUGUCACAUCGGCUCAGCAUUGCACACGCUGCAGGAAGCGGGUCGAAUAUGGCUGAAGGCAAGUGGCAGUACUCCAUACUAGUAGUUAAUGAAUAUUCAACCUAUCUAUCUAGCCAGUCUCGAAGAGCACUAGACAGGUUGAAGGCUAAUCAGAUCAAGAAUCUGGGCGGCGCUGUGUGUCAUCUUUCAUUAGCCGUUGAGAUAGUCAAUCAGUUAAUCCCCGAUCAGAAAACAUUUUCUUGUAAAGAGAGAUUCAUCCAGUCCCCAUCCGGUCCAGAUCCGACUCCGACUCCGCCUCCGACUCCGGCUGUACUAACUUUGGGGCGCUCGCGUGCGCCCUCCACCCUCCCUCCCUUGACGGUUGGCUCAAUGUUGAAGCCGUCCGUUUUAGUGUGCCUUCUAGUCGUCCUGCAAAAGCGGAGCUGCUGGGCGGCAUGGAUUGUCAUUGGUCUGCCUUCUGACUGGCACGCUGCCAAAGAAAACAAUCGGUCGAGUGUCGAGGGUGGGGAGGAGGAAGAAAGUUCAUGCCGUCAUCGUUGGGGUCACGCUAGCGGUAAAACGUUGUUGGCUGAUCUGCAAUGGGCCAGCCUGGGGAGUGUGGUGAUUCUUGGAAUGGAGAUCCCGUCGAGUACAGUAGAUCAUGGAGAUAAAACAUCCCGAAAGGGCCAAAAAAUACAUAACAGCGCGUACUGUCGAAGCACUCAAAAUAGACGCCACAUUCUUUCAUGUUCCAUGUGUGGAAGGCAGUUUGACAUGCUGCAGAAAGGUGUGGGUGACAAGGAAGGGAUGGAUCUGGCUGGUGGAAUUGGAAAAGUACCUCAACUCCGGGCGCUUGGCAGGCAAGGGCAGAAAGAGAGAGACAAAAGGCCAGGCAGAUCAUACAUAAGAGACCACUGUACAUGCGACUUACGUAGUGCUUUAGUGCUGCUGCUAUUCGCGGAUGCUGCACAUUGUCCACAUGCGGCCAAAACCCAUGCUGCAGUGGCUGUUAUCAUGCUGAUGAGGUCCUCCGAGGCGCACUGGGGACACCCCAUGGACGCUUGGCGUCGUGUGGCUGAACCAGUCUCAACCGUCGCAUGUCCAGAACCCCCCUCUCUAGCGGCGAUCAUUCCACCAUGGUACGGAGUAUUGUUAGCCAUUACCGACAACCACACUCCCCCAGCUAAGUACUAA